AUGGACAAAGAGAAGACCCCUUUUGGUAUUACAUCUGAUGGAGUAUUAUUAUACAGGGAUAGGUUAUGUGUACCUGAUGUUGCUGGGCUACGGCAACAGAUCACAUAUUCAGCUGAGGAUUAUGCCAGGUUAUAUAUUAAGGAAAUAGUAAAGCUCCACGGAGUUCCUGUGUCUAUUAUCACUGACAGAGGUGCCCAGUUUACAACAAACUUCUGGAGAUCUUUUCAGGCGGGAUUAGGGACCCAGAUGGCUCCGUAUGAGGCACUGUAUGGCAGAAAAUGCAGGUCACCUAUAGGCUGGUUCGAUGUGGGUGAAACUAAGUUAAUUGGCCCAGAUUUAAUUCAGCAGGCAGUUGAGAAAGUGAAGCUUAUUCAGGAACGAUUAUUGGCAGCUCAAAGUCGACAAAAAGCAUAUGCUGACAACCGGCGUCGACCUUUAGAGUUCCAAGUGGAUGACUGGGUGUUCUUGAAGGUGUCACCUAUGAAGGGCGUCAUGAGAUUCGGCAGAAAAGGGAAACUUAGUCCGAGAUACAUCGGGCCUUAUCAGAUUGUCCGUAAAGUAGGCAAGGUUGCCUAUGAAUUGGACCUACCAGCUGAUUUAGAAGCAGUACAUCCGGUGUUCCAUGUGUCUAUGCUUCGUAAAUUCGUUGGUGAUCCUUCCAGAGUAUUUCCUGUAGAGGACAUUCAGGUGACCGAGGAGCUAUCCUAUGAGGAACAACCGGUGGCUAUUUUAGAUCGUCAGGUAAGGAGGUUACGCACCAAAGAUGUGUCAUCUGUAAAAGUAUUGUGGCGCACCAGCAACCGAGAAGAAAUGACUUGGGAGGCGGAGGAAGGAAUGAAGAAAAAGUAUCCUCAGUUGUUUUCUGCAUCCACAGGUAACUUAAGUUCCUUAUUACCUAUAUUGGAAAUAAUAAAUUAUGUGAAACAGCUGUAUUUAUAA